AUGUCCUGGAAGGACUGCACCACAGUCUUCUUCAAUGUAACCUCUAGUUACACUAACAGCUACUUCUUCAGAAUUGAGAGUAGACCAUUCAGCGCAACAGACCCUGAGAAGUCUGUUCUUAUAGUUGUCAGAGAUUUGCCUCUCGGACCCAAGAUUACUGUCUCAGGUGAGAUGAAGGAAGAGAGGCCUGUCAGUUUGAACUGCUCUGCUGCAGCUCCCUGUCCCAAACACUCUCCUAAACUGACAUGGACUCUCCCAACCCUGUUUACACCUGAGAACCAACUGCAAGAGAAUUCAGAUCAAACCAAAUCUGUUCUCUCCACGGUGACAUUCACUGCUUCACACCUUCAUCAUGAGAAGAACAUCACUUGUACUGCAGUCUACCCAGUAGGAACAAGCAACAAGACAGCUGAACAUACCAUGACGCUUAACGUUUUAUUUUCUCCUAAAAACACCUCAGCCUCCCUCAGUCCAGCUGAUCCAGUAUCAGUGGGCAGUUGUGUGAAUCUGACCUGCAGCAGCACAGCCAACCCUCCUGUGACAAACUUCACAUGGUUCCAGAUUUGUGGGGGUAAACCAACACAGGUAGCAUCUGGACAGACCUACACCAUCAAUGUGACUGUUGGUGAUGGAGGGAUGUACUACUGUGAAGCAAGAAAUGAUCACGGCAUUGAGAAGUCAAUGAAAGUGCUUCUAGCUAUUGAAGGGCAAGAAGAGCCUCUUAUCCCAAGGGUUUUGGGAAUUGCAGGAGCAGGAGGAACCUUGGGAGUAAUUUUGCUAAUCAUCCUGAUCACUUUCUUUGGAUGGAAGAGAAAAUCUAGGCUCCCUGAUGGACUUGAAAGGACAGACAAUCCACUGGGACAGAACUCCCCAGUUGGGAUGGUGUAUACUAAUCAGGCCAUGACCGGAGAGGAACCAGAGGAACCAGCAGAAGACCAGCCUGAGGAGAUCCACUACGGUGAGAUAGACUUCUCCAAACUUCGGCCCAAAGAGACACCAGCUGUAGCCCUGGACAGGGAACAGGGGCAGGAGAGUGAAUACGCUGAAGUCAGUGUGACCGGGAGAGGGGCCCAGGAACCUCCAGUUAAAACUACUUCAGUAUCGGUGUCCGUUCCACGGGACGGUUGAGCUAAUGUAGGCUAAUGCGAUUAGCAUGAGGUUGUAAGUAACAAGAACAUUUCCCUGGACAUAGACAUGUCUGAUAUUGGCAGAAAGCUUACAUUCUUGUUAAUCUAACUGCACUGUCCAAUUUACAGUAGCCAUUACAGUGAAAGAAUACCAUGCUAUUGUUUGAGGAGAGCGCACAACACGAAUUCAACCAUUGAGUAUUUUUUUAUGUUCUAUUAACUUCAUGGUGACGUUAGAUUUGAAAGCAAAAUUUGGAUUUAGAUAACGCUAGAAGCUCAGAUACAGCCGAUGCCAGCACCAAGAGGGCAGAUGACAAAUACAAGUACUGUAAGUUAUUUUUCCCCUACCGUCUGUCAGCGGUUAGUGUCUUAACGACCGUUCCACAGGUGCAUGUUCAUUAAUUGUUUAUGGUUCAUUGAACAAGCAUGAGAAACAGUGUUUAAACCCUUUACAAUGAAGAUCUGUGAAGUUAUUUGGAUUUUUACGAAUGAUCUUUGAAAGACAGGGUCCUGAAAAAGGGAUGUUUAUUUUUUUUGCUGAGUUUACUAUGGUAUAGUCUAAAUCAUCUAAAUGCACCAUGGUUUUAGCCUUGAAGUAUGAUGGUACUACCAUGGUACUGCCAUUGUUCCUAAAUAUUACCAUGGUAUUGCAUCAUUUAUACCAUGGCAUGGAUUGAAUCAUAGAAAUGUACCAUGAUUUUAGCUUUGAAGUAUGAUGGUACAGGCAUGCACCUAAAUAAUACCAUGGUAUUGCCUCAUUUUUACCAUAGUAUAGAUGUGGAUCAUGAAAUUACCAUUGUUUAACCUGCAAUAUACAUUCUACCAUGGUAAAGCACAAUUAUAAAAACAUGAUCAUAUGGUACCA